GGUAAGUUCGAGCAUUACGCUAUACGCAGGGCACCAGCUCCUGGGCCUCCAGCGACCGACCUGUCCUCUCGAUCCCAUCUGCGACCCCAAAACAACCACAACACCUCCCGCAUUCCUCUCAUUUAAACAAUACCUGAUUGGAGAACAAUAAAUACCCCGACAAACAAUAAUAAACCUACAAAAUGACAGCGGGCGCCCAACUUAUCACCAACACCGGUCACGAUGACAUGAUCCACGAUGCAGUCCUGGAUUACUACGGCCGGAGGUUAGCGACCUGCUCGUCGGAUCGCACCAUCAAGAUCUUCGAGAUUGAGGGCGAGUCACAGCGGUUGAUCGAGACACUCAAGGGGCACGAGGGCGCAGUGUGGUGCGUGUCCUGGGCGCAUCCCAAGUACGGCAACAUCCUCGCGAGCGCGGGCUACGACGGCAAGGUGCUCAUCUGGCGUGAGCAAAACGGCUCGUGGCAGCGCAUCUUCGACUUUGCCCUCCACAAGGCCAGCGUGAACAUUGUGUCUUGGUCCCCCCACGAGGCCGGCUGCCUCCUCGCAUGCGCUUCCUCCGAUGGCAACGUCAGCGUUCUCGAAUUCAAGGACAACAGCUGGGAGCACAGCAGCUUCCACGCGCACGGUCUGGGUGUCAACUCGGUUUCUUGGGCGCCUGCCAUCACACCCGGCAGCAUCGUCAGCAGCAACCCCGGCCCAGGGUCGGCCGGCAACAGACGCUUUGUAACUGGCGGUUCCGACAACCAGCUCAUGAUCUGGGCGUACGACCCGGCUACGAACAGCUAUAAGCAAGAGAGGGAGCCCUUGGUGGGUCAUACCGAUUGGGUCAGGGAUGUGGCAUGGAGCCCAACGGUGCUUCAGAAGAGCUAUAUUGCCUCUGCGUCACAGGACAGGACAGUGCGGAUCUGGAUGAGUGACUCUGCCAGCCCCGGGCAGUGGAAUGUCAAGGUCCUGAACUUUGAUGCUGCUGUCUGGCGCGUGAGCUGGUCCCUGAGCGGGAACGUUCUUGCGGCCAGCGGGGCGGAUAACAAGGUUACCUUGUGGAAGGAGAACCUUAAGGGCGAGUGGGAGUGCGUCAAGACCAUUGAGGAGUAAUUUUGCGUGAGAUGUAAUGAUUAUGGCGGGCGUUGUGGUGCGUGGUUUAGAAAUAUUAUUAUUUACUGGCAGUGC